UUGAUAUCCCAUCGCGCGAGCCCAUCGCGUUGCGGCAGGGCGGGGGUUGUGGAGACCGGGAGGGGUGUGAAAGGAGACCACUUAAGUUUUUGCAGGUUUUUCCCACAUCUCGUGUUACCCUGCCCACCGUAGGACGAGGACAUGGGUGCGGUGCUUGGGAUAUGCACUGCCUCGCAGCUGGCGUGCUGCUGCGGCUCAGCAGCCUGCAGCCUCUGCUGCUCCGCCUGCCCAUCAUGCGCCAACUCCACCAGCUCGCGCAUCAUGUACGCCCUGAUGCUGCUGGCCGUCACCGUGCUCUCCUGCAUCCUGCUGGCUCCCGGCCUCCAGGAUACCAUGCAGAAGGUGCCCUUUUGCAAUGAUCACGCUCCCAACGGCAUCAAGCUGGAUUGCAGCACUGCUGUCGGCUACAUGGCUGUCUACCGGGUCUGCUUCAUUGCCACCCUCUUCUUCGCCCUGAUGGCACUCAUGAUGAUCAACGUCAAAUCCUCUAAGGACGGCCGAGCAGCAGUACAAAACGGAUUCUGGGGCAUCAAGUACCUGCUGCUGAUUGGCGGAAUGAUUGGAGCCUUCUUCAUACCAGCUGGGAGCCUCAACUGGUGGAUGUACUUUGGCAUGAUUGGCGGCUUCCUCUUCAUCCUGAUCCAGCUGGUGCUGAUCAUCGACUUCGCCCACUCCUGGGCAGACAGCUGGGUGUCGCGUUACGAGGAGAGCGAGUCGAAGGCCUGGUACUGCGCUCUGCUCUUCUUCACGUUCCUGCAGUACGCGCUGGCCAUCACGGCCGUCGGUCUCUUCUUCGCCUUCUACACGCGCCCGGACGGCUGCGCCACACACAAGUUCUUCAUCAGCUUCAACCUGAUCCUGUGUGUGGUGGUGUCGGCGCUGUCGGUGCUGCCCAAGGUGCAGGAGUCGCAGCCGCGCUCGGGCCUGCUGCAGUCGGCCGCCGUCACCCUCUACACCAUGUACCUCACCUGGAGCGCCAUGGCCAACCAGCCCGACGCUAGCUGCAAGCCCAACUUCGGCGCCCUGAUCCCGGGCGGCCGGCCGACGCCACCCGGGCACCAGCCGCCCGGCAUCGACGCCGAGGCCAUCGUCGGUCUGAUCAUCUGGUUCGUCUGCGUGCUGUACUCCAGCGUGCGCACGGCCAGCUCGUCCCAGCACGCCAAGCUGACCGGUUCCGACAAGCUGCUGCUGAAGGAGGACACCAAAACCAUGGCCAAUCCGAGUGAUGCCAGCACCCUGGUCGAUGCGGAAGGUGGCGGUACUGCGAGCGACGCCGAGACCGCCAAGGUCUGGGACAACGAGGAGGAUACGGUAGCCUACAGCUGGUCCUUCUUCCACCUGAUGUUCGCCUUGGCCACGCUCUACGUCAUGAUGACGCUCACCAGCUGGUACUCCCCGAACUCGGACCUGCGCUCCAUCUCCAACAACUCGGCCUCCAUGUGGGUGAAGAUUGUGUCCUCAUGGCUCUGCCUGGCCUUGUACGCCUGGUCGCUGGUGGCGCCGCUCAUCCUCACCAACCGCGAGUUCAACUGAGCCGCCCGCCCGACAGCUGGUGUUGCGACUGGCCGUUGGCGGUCGCAGUGCACUGCAGAAGAAACCCGUUUGAUUUGGCGUUGCAUCCGCAGUUCUUCGGAGGCCGCUCUCGCCGUCUCGAUGUGCGUGCGUGUCGAUGUGCGCGGCGCUUCCGCGUCGUCCGGGGUGGCGGCGAGUCGCCCCCCCCCCUUUCCCCUCCCGUUCCGCGGUCAGGUGUGGCUGGUGCGCGCGGGGCCCACGAGGGCUGGCCUGCGGAGGUAGUACGCGCCCGGCUGGCUGCCGGAGCUUGGGGCCCGCUCCGCAGCCCGGACCCGUCUGCUAGUCACUAGAUCUGGGUGGUAUCCCUCGUCUGUCAGUCUCUGUGAUAAGUUAAACAUAUACAUAUAUAUAUAUAUAUAUAUAUAUAUAUAUAUAUAUAUAUAUGCGGUGGUACACUUGUAGACGGAGCGACGUCGAACGAUGGAGAGCGUCACUUUGAGAGCGCCUUGCGUUAUACGCCAGUAUCUAUAUAUAGGUGUAGGAGGCAGACAGAGCACUGCAGCUGCCUCGAUGCGCUGGGUAGUUUAGUUUUGGUCUUUCUGUCUUUGGCCCUUUGAGAUGCCGGUGUCGUAUGCUUAGCGCGUUGUCAGGACGGUAGUAGCCCGUAUCUCGAUGGGAUCGGAGGCGGCUUCCGUCUUUUUUCUGGAACUAUUGUCGUAUGAUGAUUGAGAAGCGUGCACUGCACUCAUUUUGUGAUGACCGUUUUAAUGUAAACAGCCCACUCAAGCGAAUAUAUUUUAAAAUGCAG